UAUGAUUUUGCGUUAUAUUCAGUAUAUUUAAGUAUAAAUAUCAACCGUAUAUCAUUAAAAUACAUCUAGAAGAAAUGUUUUUUUUUCUUCAAAAAUUUUACCUGAGACGAAUAUUCUUUAUUCAGCACUCUUAAAUCUGUUAUGCCAAUCGCAGAUUGGCUGAAAACUAGAAAAACGAUGGGAAAUAGGAUAUCCCUCAAAAACAAGAAUUGCGUCUUCAUUAUUAAAUUUACAGAUCGUGAACUUUUCUCUUAAAUUGCCUUUCAAUCAAAGGCUGACAUGAAUUCUCUAACUUGUUCCAAUAGGGACCGUGGCAGUUUUUCAUCUACUACAGAUUGUGCAGAGGAAGAUGAGCAGGAAGAUUCUUCUUCCUCUUUAGAUAAAGAGGAAGAAGACAAUGUGCAACAACUUUUGACAACUUUUAGAGAAAAGUGGAAGAAAGAACUUGAAGAUUCAUCAAAGCCGUUUAAGCUAACAAAACAACCUCAGCUAAAUACUUUGGAAAACUACUCUGGAGAUACAGAGACAAUUGCUAAGGAACUAUUUUUAAAAGGAAUUGAAAUGGAGAAAUGUGGUAAAUUGUAUGAAGCGAUACAAUUUUAUCGACGAGCUGUACAACUUGUACCUGAUAUAGAGUUCCGUUUGGACGAAAAAUCAAAAACGAAAUUGCGGGAAACCCCGAUUCGUGAUAACGACAAUAGUAUAGAAAAUGAGAAUAUUGUAGAAGAUAUGCAGAGCAGCAGUGAUGAAGAUGAAGAUGAAAUAAGAGGCGAUUUGUAUGCUCAUAUACUGAGAAAAGUAGGCACCAUGAAAUGGGUUUGCAUUCCAAAAUAUGAGCCAGAGGGGAUACACAUCAGAGAUUUACCAACUGAAAUAAUGUUGUACAUUUUGAAAUGGGUCGUUUCUUCUGAUUUGGAUAUGAGAUCUUUGGAAAUAUGCUCCCGUGUUAGUCGAGGAUUUUUUCUUUGCUCCAGAGAUUCGGAAAUUUGGCGAUUAGCUUGUGUUAGAACAUGGGGCUUGAAUUGCGGCGGUCUAACCAAUAUGUACUCUUCCUGGAGGCAGAUGUAUAUUGAAAGGGCUAGAUUAAAUUUUAAUGGGUGCUACAUAAGCAAAACGACGUACAUUCGACAUGGUGAAAAUAGUUUUCAAGAUCAAUAUUAUAGACCUUGGCAUAUGGUUACAUAUUACCGUUAUUUCAGAUUUUUUCCUGAAGGUAUAGUUUUGAUGCUGACAACGGCUGAUGAACCAGCUCAAAGUGUUAGCCAUCUUAAAUACAGGAAAUCGAAGAAUUUAGGUGUUUUAUCCGGCCAUUAUCGUCUCAAAGACGACAGAGUACUUAUUGUGGUCCAGCAUCAUACUGCACAAAUAAAAAAUAGAAAGGGUAGAAAAGAAUUAAUCCAACCAGACGGCAUUGCAGAGCAAAUUUCUCGACUGGAAUUACAGAUCAAAGAUCAUAAAAAGCAACGUCACGUCCAACUAGUAUGGAAAGACUAUUGUGUGUUUACCAGAAGAAGAAAUGGUAAUGAAAGUAAUUACAUUAUUGAUUUGGUAACGAAUAGAUUUCCUCCCUUGUGGUUUUCAAGAGUAAAGAGCUACACCUCAGAGACAGAGAGUCUUCUAAUGUGAUAAUUAAUGAGUUGUCCUUACUCAGUGAGUUGUUCUUACUAAUAAUUUAACGUUUAUUUUCCACCGAUUUAAUUUUCCUUUUAUAAACAAUUUUAGUUUGUCAUUUUGAAAUAAGUGGGAAAAAAAGGGUUUUUGAGGGAUUUACGUUUUUUGUUUUAAUUUUACUUUUAAAAAAGUAUAACUGCUGAAUAUCUAAUGUUGAUUGCUGUAAUAUAUUAAAUACACAACUAAAAUGAAAAAUACUAUGUACCUUUUUUCUUGUUCUGAAUAUACAAAAAAGAGGAUGUUAA